CACGUACGUACUUGAAAGAUUACUGGACAGACAGUAGUUUUUAAGAGGACAGAGCUGCUUAGUCCCAGCCAUGAGGAAAAUCAGUGAGUAUUUGGUCGCUUAGGGCAUGGAGCUGAAGAACUAUGAGCAGCCGGUGGUUCUGAGAGAGGACAACCUCCGCCGGCGCCGGAGGAUGAAGCCACGCAGUGCAGCAGCCAGCCUGUCCUCUAUGGAGCUCAUCCCCAUUGAGUUUGUGCUGCCCACCAGCCAGCGCAUCAGCAAAACUCCAGAAACAGCACUGCUGCACGUGGCUGGCCAUGGCAACGUGGAGCAAAUGAAAGCCCAGGUCUGGCUGCGCGCACUGGAGACCAGCGUGGCCGCCGAAUUCUACCACCGGUUGGGCCCAGACCACUUCCUCCUGCUCUACCAGAAGAAGGGACAGUGGUAUGAGAUCUACGACAGGUACCAAGUGGUGCAGACCCUAGACUGCUUGCGCUACUGGAAGAUGAUGCACAAGAGCCCCGGUCAGAUCCACGUGGUACAGCGUCACACACCUUCUGAGGAGACCCUAGCUUUCCAGAAGCAGCUUACCUCCCUGAUUGGCUACGACGUCACUGACAUCAGCAACGUGCACGAUGAUGAGCUAGAGUUCACCCGUCGCCGUCUGGUCACGCCUCGCAUGGCAGAGGUGGCUGGCCGUGAUGCCAGACUCUAUGCUAUGCACCCAUGGGUGACGUCCAAGCCUCUUCCAGACUACCUGUCAAGGAAGAUUGCCAACAACUGCAUCUUCAUCGUCAUCCACCGGAGCACCACCAGUCAAACCAUCAAGGUCUCCGCGGAUGAUACCCCCGGCGCCAUCCUCCAGAGCUUCUUCACCAAGAUGGCCAAGAAGAAGUCCCUAUUGAAUAUCCCAGAAAGUCAGAGUGAGCAGGACUUUGUGCUGCGUGUCUGUGGCCGCGAUGAGUACCUGGUAGGCGAAACGCCCCUUAAAAACUUCCAGUGGGUUAGGCAAUGCCUCAAGAACGGAGACGAAAUACACCUGGUGCUCGACACGCCUCCAGACCCAGCCCUAGACGAGGUGAGGAAGGAAGAAUGGCCACUGGUGGAUGACUGCACGGGAGUCACCGGCUACCACGAGCAGCUCACCAUCCACGGCAAGGACCACGAGAGUGUGUUCACGGUGUCUUUGUGGGACUGUGACCGAAAGUUCAGGGUCAAGAUUAGAGGCAUUGACAUCCCUGUCCUGCCCCGGAACACAGACCUCACUGUGUUUGUGGAAGCCAACAUCCAACACGGACAACAAGUCCUUUGCCAAAGGCGAACCAGCCCUAAACCCUUCACGGAGGAAGUGCUCUGGAAUGUGUGGUUGGAAUUCAGCAUCAAAAUCAAAGACUUGCCCAAAGGGGCCCUGUUAAACCUCCAGAUCUACUGCUGCAAAUCGCCAGCACUGUCCAGCAAGGCAUCUGCAGAGACGCCGGGCUCGGAGUCCAAGAGCAAAGCCCAGCUUCUCUAUUAUGUGAACUUACUGCUAAUAGACCACCGGUUCCUGCUCCGCCACGGUGACUAUGUCCUCCACAUGUGGCAGAUAACUGGGAAGGCGGAGGAACAAGGCAGCUUCAAUGCUGACAAGCUCACGUCUGCAACCAACCCUGACAAGGAGAACUCAAUGUCCAUCUCCAUCCUGCUGGACAACUACUGCCACCCCAUAGCCCUGCCUAAGCAUCAGCCCACCCCUGACCCGGAAGGAGAUAGGGUCCGAGCUGAAAUGCCCAAUCAGCUUCGCAAGCAACUAGAGGCGAUCAUAGCCACCGAUCCACUUAACCCCCUCACAGCGGAGGACAAAGAACUGCUGUGGCAUUUUAGAUAUGAAAGCUUGAAACAUCCGAAGGCAUACCCUAAGCUAUUCAGUUCCGUGAAAUGGGGACAGCAAGAAAUUGUGGCCAAAACAUACCAGCUGUUAGCCAGAAGGGAAGUGUGGGAUCAAAGUGCUUUGGACGUUGGUUUAACCAUGCAGCUCCUGGACUGCAAUUUUUCAGAUGAAAACGUAAGAGCCAUUGCAGUUCAGAAACUGGAGAGCCUGGAGGACGAUGAUGUUUUGCAUUACCUUCUCCAGCUGGUGCAGGCUGUGAAAUUUGAACCAUACCAUGACAGUGCUCUGGCCCGAUUCCUGCUGAAGCGUGGUUUGAGAAACAAAAGAAUCGGCCACUUCUUGUUCUGGUUCCUGCGAAGUGAGAUAGCCCAGUCCAGACACUAUCAGCAGAGGUUCGCCGUGAUCCUGGAAGCGUACCUGCGGGGAUGCGGCAUGGCCAUGCUGCAGGACUUCACGCAGCAGGUCCAAGUGAUCGAGAUGCUACAAAAAGUGACCAUUGAUAUCAAAUCGCUCUCUGCUGAGAAGUAUGAUGUCAGCUCCCAAGUUAUUUCACAGCUCAAGCAAAAGCUUGAAAACCUGCAGAAUUCCAGUCUCCCCAAGAGCUUCAGAGUUCCCUAUGAUCCUGGACUGAAAGCUGGUACCCUGGUGAUUGAAAAAUGCAAAGUGAUGGCCUCCAAGAAAAAGCCCCUGUGGCUGGAGUUUAAAUGUGCUGACCCCACAGUCCUGUCCAAUGAAACCAUCGGAAUCAUCUUUAAACAUGGCGAUGAUCUUCGACAAGACAUGUUGAUCUUACAGAUUCUACGCAUCAUGGAGUCCAUUUGGGAGACGGAAUCUCUGGACCUGUGCCUUCUGCCCUAUGGCUGCAUCUCAACUGGUGACAAAAUAGGGAUGAUCGAGAUUGUGAAGGAUGCCACAACAAUCGCUCAAAUUCAGCAAAGCACAGUGGGUAACACAGGGGCAUUCAAAGAUGAAGUCCUGAAUCACUGGCUCAAGGAAAAAUGCCCUAUUGAAGAGAAGUUUCAGGCAGCAGUGGAGAGGUUUGUUUACUCCUGUGCCGGCUACUGUGUGGCGACGUUUGUUCUCGGGAUAGGUGACAGACACAACGACAACAUUAUGAUCUCAGAGACAGGAAACCUAUUUCACAUAGACUUUGGACACAUUCUUGGGAAUUACAAAAGUUUCCUGGGCAUUAAUAAAGAGAGAGUGCCUUUUGUCCUAACCCCAGACUUCCUGUUUGUGAUGGGAACUUCUGGAAAGAAGACAAGCCCACACUUCCAGAAAUUUCAGGAUGUCUGUGUCAAGGCUUAUCUGGCUCUUCGCCAUCACACCAACCUGCUGAUCAUCCUGUUCUCCAUGAUGCUCAUGACAGGAAUGCCCCAGCUAACAAGCAAAGAAGACAUCGAGUACAUCCGAGAUGCCCUCACAGUGGGGAAGAACGAGGAGGAUGCUAAGAAGUAUUUCCUUGACCAGAUUGAAGUUUGCAGAGACAAAGGAUGGACGGUGCAGUUUAACUGGUUCCUACAUCUCGUUCUUGGCAUCAAACAAGGAGAGAAACACUCUGCUUAAUAUUCGGCACUAGAGCCAAAAGCAAUUUUGUGUUCAAAAGCUUUUGAAAUCAGCAUGUGUCAGUCAUCAGACUUAGCUUUAAAAUGCAAUAGGACUCUCUGAACACUGGCACUUCAGAAAUACAGUUUUUUUUCCCUAGUUGAACUCUUCUCCAGAGGAAAAAAACGUUGGCAUUAAUGAUGGUUUGGUUAAUAUUCAGCAUGAGACUUCUUUGCUAUUUUCCCCUCUCGGACGCCAUAAUGUUGAUGAACAUUCUAAGUUUAAAUAGACUGAUGGCUUGCUUAUUACACCUGAUGCUCUCGCACUGAGUGUCUCUGGAGGUGCUUUAGUAGAAUAAUUGGUGAUACCUGUGGUCACAUGUGUUUACUAUAUGUUUUGGCUUUCAUGUGGUCUUUAAGAACAGAAAAGGGUGCAAGCAUUGCUCAGCUCCGCUGCAUGGUUUACAGUUUGUCUCUGAGCAUCCCCUCUGUGCCCACAGACGUUGGUGAUGUGCUGGAAACAAGCACGAUAGCCUUCUGAGUGCCUUUAGCAAUUAGUCUCUCUGUGCGCAGCUGAGAUGCACACAUGCUGAAAGCCAGCUCUGAGCCUGAGCCUUGACCCUCCCCUGCUGGUGUGGCUCCAGGGUUAUGGAUAUGAAAAAUGAAGGUAAGACCUUUUCCCCAGAGUGAAUAACCUAAUACAGUCGGUGUCAUUGUCUCUGGCACAGAAACAGGAAGUGGCUAAAUGGAGCCUUUGAUGCACAUUGAUGGUUGUUCUUACCCUACCUCCCUUCUUCCUGCCUUCUUGGACUUGUGAAAUCUUCAAGGACAGUUCUUCCCAACAACUCAAAAUGACUUGAAAGGCUUAUGAGAAUCACAGGUACUUAUCUAUGGAGCUGAUCCAUAGAGUUUUAAAAAGUUCCAGAAAAUGUUAUUAGCUAAAUGCUUUAAUAUUGCAUUUCAGUCUGAACAGUUUUGUUUAUUUUUUAAUGGAAGAAGAUACCUGCUAUCAAAUGUAUUCUUGCAUAGUCAUUUUUUUAAUUUUGAGACAUCCUGAAGUUCAUAAAGGCAAUUGAACCAUUUUCCUUUAUUUUCUCAUUUCUUAAAUGUUAUUUGUUAUUAGUGUUGAUCUGCUGUAGAGACAGAGCAGUAAAUUAUUUAAUCAAAUAGUUUUACCCAUCAUUAAUUCCACAGAAAGAACUGUGUUAUUGGUGUCCAGAUUCAAUAUAAUCAGAUACAACUUUUUCUGAUUUUUAAUUUUUCAAUAUAGACUCUUCACUUUGUUGGAGCCCAACCUUUCUUUUGUGUUUGCAGAAGUCAAGUAUCACCUGAUUCUGUUUCAAUAAGAAUCAUCAGGGACACUUUAAAAAUGUCCUUACCUUUGGUUUUUUUGUUUGUUUGCUUGCUUGUUUGUUUUGGUUUUUGAGACAGGGUUUCUCUGUGGCUUUGGAGCCUGUCCUGGAAUUAGCUCUUAUAGACCAGGCUGACCUCAAACUCAAAGAGAGCUGUCUGCCUUGUGUUUUUAAAUCAGCCCACUUUCAAUAGAUUAUAAUUUCAUUAGUGUGGAAUGAUCUGGGCAUAGUUUCUAAGUACUCAGUUGAAUCUAAUACAUGCAGGGAAGAAGCCUCACGUGGGCCAUGAAGAUGUAGGUAUCCUCCCUGCUUACUGGACCUCCCUCCCGUGGCUCAUAGCGAGCUACAAAAAUACUCUUCAUUCCUAGCAACUAACCCUUUUAAAACCAUGCUGUCUCCUCUACAGAGGGACAAGCCCCGUUGCAAUUGUAUCCUCCUAUGAAUGGAGAUUAGAUGUUUUAUGGCACUUCCUUACCGCGGUUUGCUAAUGUAGGUGGAGGAAGACUGGUGCAGUCCACCUUCAACCGGAAGCCAUUCCUGAGCUUCCAAAGAAGAGCCAUGCAGACUUUGCACAGACUUUGCCUUUCAUUUGAAUUGCUGAAAUGAUCAUCUUGAUGAUAAAACAAUUACAAAGUAUAUCUGUAUUUAGCUUUUGACACACAUGCAUACAAAUUAGUUCUUUAAAUGAGCCAGCGUCUUCAUAAAGCUGAAAUACAUGACGCCACGUACUGGGUUUCAUUCUUCCAUUUCCCAAAGAAUGUAGACCUGCAGACAAGCAAAAUUCACAUGUUUGCUUCCUUUACAUAGUUCUUGCAAAUGAUCUGUUUUCACACCUUUGAAAAUAUUCUAGACCUGAGGUGCCCCUUCUGCUGGGCAAAUACCGAUGUCUCUAUUUUCAGUGCUCAGUGAAAACACAUAUCACAGGUCAGAUGGGUCAAGUCAAAGCAACUUACAUGUAUAUCUAAGACUGGCAAACACACACACACA